ACGGGAGGAGCCCGGAGAGCUGGCGAAACCAGGAAGGCACUGGAGGUGACGCGCACGCGCACGCACCCACGCACGCACGUCCGAGGCUGGCAGGGCUCAGGCUCGCGCCCGGACUCGCCCCGCAUCCGUGCCAGAGGCUCGCGCACUCAGCGGGUUGGGCUGCGGUGGCGGCGGCGGCGGCUGCUGUGGGAGCCCGAGCGCUGCGCGUGCUAGGUCCCAGACGCGUCUGCGGCGCUCGCCUCGCCACCCUCCUCUCUCACCUCAGUCUCCGCGCCGCGUUCUGAGGGAAGGAACGGCGCUAGGCUAGCGAAGCCCGAGCGCACCGCUGGCUGCCUCCGACACCGCCCUGCGUCCCUUCGCGGUCGCGGGCCUGGCUGGGUGCUAGGCGACUCUGCGGGGAGGCGGCGGCGACGGCUGCCGGUCGGUGGAGUCACUCUCCCUUCAGCCUCGCCCCUCUGCUCGGCCCUGCAGGGGCCGAGAGGACUCCGAGGCUGCCCCUUCCGCUCGGCCCUCUUCGUCAGCCGGUUGGAGCUGCAGCGGUCUGGAAGAGGUCUUUGAGCUGAGGCGGCGGCGGCGGCUCCUCCGGCUCCAUCAUGUCCGCGGGCGGAGACUUCGGGAAUCCGCUGAGGAAAUUCAAGCUGGUGUUCCUAGGAGAGCAGAGCGUUGGAAAGACAUCCUUGAUCACCAGAUUCAUGUAUGAUAGUUUUGACAACACCUAUCAGGCAACAAUUGGCAUUGACUUCUUAUCAAAAACAAUGUACUUGGAGGAUCGAACCAUCAGGCUGCAGCUGUGGGACACUGCGGGUCAGGAACGUUUCCGUAGCCUCAUUCCCAGUUACAUCCGUGACUCUGCUGCAGCCGUAGUAGUUUACGAUAUCACAAAUGUUAACUCAUUCCAGCAGACUACAAAAUGGAUUGAUGAUGUCAGAACAGAAAGAGGAAGUGAUGUCAUCAUCAUGCUAGUAGGAAAUAAAACAGAUCUUGCUGAUAAGAGGCAAGUGUCAAUUGAGGAGGGAGAGAGGAAAGCCAAAGAGCUGAAUGUUAUGUUUAUUGAAACCAGUGCAAAAGCAGGAUACAAUGUAAAGCAGCUUUUCCGGCGUGUCGCUGCAGCUUUACCUGGAAUGGAAAGCACACAGGACAGAAGCAGAGAAGACAUGAUUGACAUAAAACUGGAAAAGCCUCAGGAGCAGCCAGUCAAUGAAGGUGGCUGUUCCUGCUAAUGCCCCUGGCAUCCUUCAACCCUUCAACAGAAGCUCACUGCUUUGGCCCCAUACUUUCAUUGACUGCAGUGUGAAUAUUGGCUUGAACCUUUUCCCUUCAGUAAUAACGUAUUGCAAUUCAUCAUUGCUGCCUGUUUCGUGGAGAUGAUCUAUUAGCUUCACAAGCACAAAAAAGUCAGUGUCUUCAUUAUUUAUAUUUUUUAAAAGCCAAACAAUUCCAGCAUACUCGUGAUAACUUUGAGGAUUAGAUACAUUUUCUUAACAUUUUUUCCCUUUUUAAUGUUAUGAUAAUGUACUUUAAAAUGAUGAAAAUCUCAGCAGUAUGUGUGUGGCUUGUAAAGAGCAGUGUGUUCACAGCAGCAUUUGCCUACCUUCUUGCUGUCUCCCAGCUUUUCUUGCCUCUUCCUUCUCCCCUUUCCUGUCCUUACCUUCCCCAAACAAACAAGAGAUGGCAAACAGCAGUAUAACCAAGCCCUUUGGAAUUAUCUGUAGUUUUACAGAUACCUUUUAGCUCCUGGCCAUGAGCCAUAAUGUCCAAAAUUACUCUUGAGCACUGAUAUAAGUCACUUAGACCUUCUUUGAGGUCAGAACUCAGCUGUUGCUAUCAUGAUGGGCAGUGCCUGAGUAAGGAAAGGGUUCUGGUAUGUCUUCAAAAUGAAUCCUAACGAGUUUACUGAGUGCUUACAGGUAAAGGAACAUAAACUAUUAUUUCUGAUCAGAACAGGUACCCCUUUUACAUGAGCUUUACUAGACUCUGGGAGAGAAAAAAGUAGCCAAGGACUUCUCAACUGUUUUUUAAUACUUGUUUAGUCAUGGUGAAAUUGAUAAAAGUUCUAGCAGUUCUCCCCAAAUUUUUUAAUUGUCAAAAUACUGUCUUUUUUU